AUGUCGCGUUCAGCGGCGCUGAAGUUGAAGAACGAUCGCAUACAGGAUGAUCUGAGCAACACAAUGGAGCUAUACUGGUAUCUGCAGACACAAUCUAGAGAAAAUGCUGCGAAGGCUUUGGAACUUAUACAAUCGGGAUUGAAGCCUGCUCGGGUGUUGCAACAAGUACAUCCUGGUCCUACAAACAAAUCACCUGAAGAGCAACCUGCUGAGUCAGAAGGAGAACCCACCGUUGAUCAGUCCUCCAACAGCGCAACCAUACCUGCGAGUACACCCGCAAACACAUCCGCGAACGUAAUUGCAGGCACAAUUGCAAGCACAACCGAAAGCACGUCGAAGGAACGCAGCUCUCCAGAAUUUGAACCACUCCAGCAAUCUGCAUUUCAUCCUUCUAAUGUUAUUCCAGUCUUGACUCGAGGCGUCGAGUCUUUCUUGCUCUGCACCGGAUGCAUCUUCCAUAUCUACGAUGCGAGCGAUGCGCAAGCCAAGUUGAAUGUUGCUCGAGCCUUCAUUGAGAAAGUCGGCGAGACAUGGGCCCAGCCAUCUUACGGGAGCCCUCUUAUAGACGAGUCUAGAGUCAUAUUGACCCCUGUGUGUAUCAUGGCUGCUCUUGGCCUCCAGUACACAAAGUAUCCUAUUCCUGCUUUAGGCAUUCGACCAUCUUCUGAAGACGGUACUCAUCGAUACGUCACAAUUUUCUACGAGAUAGCGAAACGAUACUUGGAUGUUCUCAUUGAGAGGAAUGUGCUCGAAGCGAUGAGAGCCUGUGCCGCUUUCUGUGUUUUCAACACCAUUGGUCAUGCGACAGUUGCAUUAAACUAUGCCUACAUGGGUAUCAAUGUGGCAUUCAACAACGGUCUUCCUCUCCUUCUCGACUCUUGCGGUAUUGAAACCAAAGACUGGCCAAGCUACAAGCGGGUGUUGAGAACUCUCGGCACUUUACACGACUGGCUCGUUAGCACCUUGGGUUUCGUACCACAGGAUCUAUUUGGGGCUCAAGCAAAGACAUCUACCUUAUUAGACCAGGAACCCGCAACACCGGCUGAAAUCAUUCAACAAAAACUGGCCAAAGUGGUGCACAUAGAAGCCGACCUGCUUCGGAGCGUCGCAAGCUUCGAGACCAUCACAUCGCCAUUUUUCGCCUAUGUUCGCAGAGAUCUCCUGCAAUGGUACGAGGAACUGCCGGUGUGGAUGCGUCUCGACUCGCUUGUCGUAGCAGAAUCUCGCCCCUCUAGCACGAUAAGAACGAUUUAUUUGGUUCACUUGUUCUACUUGUCGGCCAACAUCCUCGUAGCUCGCCUUGCUCAUAAGCAACUAUGCAGCUAUUCGACUCCGGGACGAAGCGCUGAAAUGAGAAUUGCGGUCGGUGAUGGGUUAGUGGCUGCACGCACUGCUGCGCGUAUUCUCCAGUUGCAGCUCGAUGAUUUGACCAUCUACCAGAGAUGUUGGUGCUGCGAGUUCGCAGCAUACAUGGCCUGCCUGACGCUGUUACACAGCACGACACAAUUGGUACUCAAUGGUUACUCACAACCAACUUGGCAGAAAGAGCUUUCCUACGCCAAGUCGUGCAUAGACGUUCUUGAAUACUGUGCACUUGUCGACAAGAUUGCGCGAAACUUCCUGAAGGUCACGAUUCGCUACUACAAUGUACUGCUGGCGAUAGCAGAGCCAAACGUUGCUGCUUCGGACGGAACUCCACCAGACGGAUUCGACCACCUUUUCAGCACCUCUGAGAGCACGUAUGCGCACCUGGUGAGCGCAUCUGCAGGUUUAGUCAACCUCCUCAGCCAUCCAUUUGGAUCUCCAUCCGACUUGAUGAUGGAGAAUACUCUCGAGGCUAAAGUCGGUCUCGGUUGCGAGCUGGGACAGGAUUCGCUCUCAACUCCACCUCAGAACACCACGUUGAAUGCCAGCUCCGACCGAGUUCUCUCGCUACGCAAGGUAAUGAGCACAAGUUUGCAAAACAGCUGUCUGCUCGGUUCAUCGCAGCCGCAUGAUUGGAGCCCACUCCUUGACAUGGGUAGCCUAUAG